AUAUCAAACACCCAUCGCUUAGAGAGCAUUGCGGAUGUGAGUUUACGUCCGCGCUCACCAUUACUAAUCUUUUCCUUGAACGAUCCGACAAACCUCGGACGGCGCGCUGGUCUCGCUGUUAUCAGUGAGUUCUGAACCCGCCAACGACGCAGUUGCUCUUCGCGAUCGUACCAACAGGUUUGUGGUUUGCUUUACGGCGUUGCCCAUCUUUCAUUGGUGAUCACCACUGUUCAAUGGCCAGUAUGCGAAGAUACGUUCGAUUGCUGGCGCUGAUAACGCUCUGGACGGUAGUUUCUGGCUACGUCUACAAGUGUGAACCGGGCACGGAACCAACGGUGUGCAGCAUCUGGAACUUGCAGUACGAUGCGGACAUAGUGGCGAAGCAUCCCGAUCGACUACCUACUGUCAAUUACUCGUCCACUGUCAACACGGUACAGCUUUUGUUUGAACGGUAUUACUACACCCGCCAUAACCAGCUGGAGCGAUAUGAUUUGACGCUGCACGGCACCGUACUGCGUAAUCCUCCCAGUGUGCAGAUCCGCGACUACCGGCUCCGGCAGGUAGUCAUUCCGGCCAAUCUUCAGGUCGGCGACUUUACCGACAAUGCCAUCUCGGUGAUCGAAACCGAUCCGACGGAACAGUACAGCGUCCGCUACCUAGACCUGUCCCACAACACCCUAAGGGACGUGGCGAAUCUGACCGUGCUGGUGCAACUGCAGACGCUCAAUCUGGAAGGCAAUCGCAUCACUACGCUCGAACCGAACAUGUUCACGCGCAUGGACAACCUAACCCAUCUGUAUCUGGGUGAUAACAACUUUGGUGCGUUUGACUUUCACACCCUCCCGAAAGGGCUGAACGUCCUGUGGUUGAUGCGCAACGAGCUGCGCGAUCUUACCCUGACCAGUAUCCUGUUGCCCCGGCUGCGCGAGCUUAAUCUGGAGGCGAAUCUGCUGUCAUCGCUUGACAUGGCAGCACUGUUUACGGCCUGCCCGGCACUGGAGGUUGUUCCGAUCGCGUACAACACGUUCGCCAAAAAGGAAGCCCAUCGCAUCGUGACGGAGCUGAAGCGGCGCGGCAUGUCCUACUACAUCGGGAUGGAGCGCGAUGGCAGUGCGGAUUGUGAUUAUGAUGAGUUUAGCGUGGACGAUGUGUGCUUCUCCGACUCGCCGAUGGGCGAUUGGUCGAUUUGGAAAGGAUUGUUUCUGCUAGUGCUGGGCGUGCUGGUGGUGUGUAUGUUUGUUCUGAGUGUACGCUGGGUUUGGCACCAGAUGGCCUACUGAAGGCGUGUCCGUUUUGGAGCUCGGUGCUUAUUUGUGAUAGUUUAGAAAGGAAGCGUAGUACUUAGCAAGUGUUCCAAUAAAGUAAAUGCCAUGUAUACGAAGCAGUAA